UGAACGCCUCACCAGUCGCGUAUUGAUUCCGGUCUACACCUGUCAACUUGUUGUCAAUGUCACCCUCGGCGGUCACAUUCUCGCUCCCAUCUUCCCCGGCUGUCGUUCUUCCGCUGGGCGGCAAGGGGCAGUUUGGCACUAUGUCUAUCCUCGCGACAAAAUCUCAUAAGAAGCCACCUCCUCACCAUCUGUUUUCCCAGACCGAGGGCCCUCAACCAUGCUUCCCACCACCAUCCUCGUCCUCAUCGCCCUUGCUGUAGCCCCGGCCUACGCUUCCAAGGCUGCCGACGCCAAGGUCGCCGCAGCCUGGUAUGCCGGCUUCCAUGCCGAGGAAGGCUUUCCGCUCUCCAAGGUUUCGUGGAACAAAUACAAUACCCUGAUCUACUCGUUCGCCGAGACGACACCAAGUGUACACAGCGUGACGCUCAAUGGAUCGGAUGGUGGCCUUCUACCGCAGUUUGUUGAGGAAGCUCACAAGAACGGUGUCAAGGCACACAUUUCUAUAGGAGGCUGGACUGGGGGUCGCUGGUACUCGACAAACGUUGGUUCGGCUGCAAACCGCACUGCUUUUGUUAAGACAGUCACCGACUUUGUGACCAAGUACAACCUCGACGGAGUCAACUUCGAUUGGGAGUACCCCAACAACCAAGGCAUUGGAUGCAACACCAUCAAUGCCAACGAUACCGCCAACUUCCUCGCAUAUCUUCAGGAGCUCCGCAAGACUCCGGUCGGCGCCAACAUCACCCUCUCUGCUGCAACAGCCGUCGCCCCCUUCAUGGACGCGUCUGGCAGCCCCUCGUCUGACGUCUCCGGUUUCGCCAAGGUCCUCGACUACGUCGCCAUCAUGAACUACGAUAUCUGGGGUAGUUGGUCCUCCGCCGUUGGGCCCAACUCGCCGCUCGAUGAUUCCUGCGCGCCCGCGGCGGACCAACAGGGCUCGGCCAUGAGCGCUGUCAAGGCGUGGACAAAGGCUGGUAUCCCUGCGAACCAGAUCGUGCUCGGCGUCGCGUCGUAUGGUCACUCGUUCUCCGUCAACGCCACGUCCGCGUUCGGCAGUAGCGCGACGAAGGCUACGAAGGCACUGGUCGCGUACCCGGCGUUCAACGCGUCGAACCAACCGCUCGGCGAUAAGUGGGACGAUACGGGGAGCGUGGAUGUGUGCGGCGUUUAUGAAGGACCGGGUGGUGACUGGGACCUCUGGGGACUUGUCGAUGGUGGGUUCCUCGACCAGCAGGGCAACCCUGCAAAAGGGAUCUACUAUCGUUACGAUAACUGCAGUCAGACGCCAUACGUGUACAACACGACAUCGGAGGUGAUGGUCUCGUUUGACAACACACAGUCGAUCAAAGCCAAGGGUGCGUACGUGAAGCAGGCAGGAUUGCUUGGAUGGGCGUUCUGGGAGGCAGGCGGUGAUUACAACGACAUUCUCCUCGACGCCAUUCAUUCUACGUCUGGAUUCUGAGCUUUCUCUGCCUGUGGUUACUUAUACCAUACAUCCUGUAGUCGAUUGAUUUUAUCCUGGCACUUGUCGCGUCUCUCUCAAUGGUCUCGCCGAAGUCUCGGGAAAUGUAAGUAAGCGCAUGGUUCC